AUGGCGCCAGCUGUCCGACAUUCAAACUCCGGUCGACCACCACGCAGAAGACCCCGAUCCUCUUUGAAAUCAUCAAUUCGCGACUCCUCCGAUUCCCCUGAGGGACCUCUUUCCAAGAAACGAAGGUACAUUCCUGGCGGCCCUGGUGGAGGUGGAAGGUUUAUCGAGGUCGACGCUGCAGCUGCUGCAGUCAACGCUGUUCAAGGAACUCCUAAGAAAAUAACUGCCCCACGACGCCACACUACCAGUGCCCGAGGUCGGCCACCUCGCGAGAUGGAACAACCACUGCUAGCCCCUCCGCCGCCACCCAUCAUCCCAACAACACCACCCUCCAUGUCGCGUCCAAGGCGCGAAAAGAAUCAAAAUCGCGGUCGCUACCCCUCAUCCACGGCUGCUGCUCUUGCUCUACAACAGGGCGAUGGGUAUAAACCACGGGAAGAGCGUGGGUGGGAAGAGUUCCACCCUGACUUGGACAUUGAUGGCCAACUCGCCGUCUUCACUUCGGAGGAGGUUGAUGCCCAGGAUACUUCCAUACACAACUUGACCCUACAAUCACUAGCUGGCGUGACGAUUUUAGACCAUUCAGGGUCGCCAGUCGUCGUCUCUAGUGAAAACGCUUCUCCGAUCCCACUCAAACGCAGACCUGGUCGUCCGCCGCGUCGCCCGGAAGCUAUUCUCAAUGCGCUUCUCGCCCAGCAAGGGCAUAAGAGAAUCCCACCCCCGGGCCCCAACCCCCGAGAGAAGCUAACACUGCCGAAGCCGUCGUUCAGAUUGCGCGACCCUUUCACAUUUUACGAAAAGAAGGGUAUUGGCCAUCAGAACUAUGUUGACCGAACUAUGGCAAAUGUCGGAUACCAGGAGAGUGAUUUGUUCCUCCGCCACGACCGACGCUUUAUUCGAAUGACCGAAGGCACACAGGAGGACGACCUCGAUGUCAUCCAACCUGCCAUGACAGAUGGCGACGUCAACACAACGAUUGGACGUGUCGAGUAUGACAUGGAUGAGCAAGAUGAAAAAUGGCUGGAGGAAUACAACGCCAAGCGCCGCGAAGACCAGCUUGAACCCAUCAAGCCUGCUAUAUUUGAAAUCACCAUGACUAAGAUUGAGAGGGAGUGGCAUGCUUUAGAGAAGCGGAUUCCGAAGCCAAAUCCAAAACCACCACAGACUGGACGUCCUCGCUCUAGCUCCGCUGCAGCAGUCAAUGGUGAAACUGCUGGACCCGGCGAGGAACAAGACAGCAAAUGCGCAAUCUGCGACGACGGCGACUGUGAAAACUCCAACGCAAUCGUUUUCUGUGACGGGUGCGAUCUUGCAGUGCAUCAGGAGUGCUACGGUGUACCCUUCAUUCCAGAAGGCCAGUGGCUUUGCCGCAAGUGCCAAUUGUUGGGAAGAGGCUCCACGAACUGUAUAUUCUGCCCGAACACCGAAGGCGCAUUCAAGCAAACAACCUCUUCAAAAUGGGCCCACCUCCUCUGCUCUUUUUGGAUUCCCGAGGUUUCUAUCGGGAACCCGUCACUUAUGGAGCCGGUGACCGACGUUGAAAAAGUCCCCCGUAGUCGCUGGAAGUUGAACUGCUACAUCUGUAAGCAGCGGAUGGGUGCAUCUAUCCAAUGCAGCAAUAAGAACUGUUUUGUCGCUUUCCAUGUCUCCUGUGCGCGCAGAGCCCAGCUAUAUCUAAAGAUGAAAGUUGGCCAUUGUCUCAUGGACUCUCAUCUUCUGAAGGCUUUCUGUGACAAGCAUGUUCCGCCUGAAUGGCGACUUGAGCACGGUACUGAUGCCGCAACUGCUGAUGCUAUUGAGUACUACCGCAACACCAUGCAGGGUCGCCGCUGGGGAGAUAGCCAAGCUGCGGCACUUUCUAUGGGCCCGGCACACCCCACCGAGGGAGGAGACGAUGAUCGCACCCUGACUCCUCGUAUCACUUUGACUGUAGGUGGUAAUAAACGGAAGCGUGUCCCCAGAAUGAUCUGGAAGCUCCCCUCGGGCGCUCCGGUGAUUCCUCAGGUUGUCCUGAAUUCGGUUAUUGCUUCUCUCGGGCGAUUUACAGUUCGUCAGAGAAAGCAAUAUGCCGAAGAUGCAUCCAAGUAUUGGACCUUGAAGCGCGAGGCGAGACGUGGAGCGGCAUUGCUCAAGAGACUUCAGCUUCAGCUGGAGACCUUCUCGUCCAUGGAAAUGACACGCCGAGACUACGUAGCUAUGGGUGUUCCUGGAUACAGGCGUCUGGAGCGUCGCAUUGAAUUUGGAGAGCGGCUUUACAAGGAUCUUGAUCGACUGAGAAUGCUUUGCGACGAAGUCAAGAAACGAGAAAGGGAGAAGUUAAAGGAUGCCGAGAUGCUUCGCAACAUCGUCGAUCUUGUUUACUUCCCUAUUUUCCCACUACUUUGGCCAAUCUUUGAGAAAGCACAAGUGCUUGAUUCCAAAGGUGUCUUUGCCGCGGGCUUGCUGUCAAUUCGCGAGAGACUCAAACGACGAUUCUACCCAUCCGUUGCCACAUUCUCUUCCGAUCUCGCCAGCCUUUUUACAUCAGAAAUCGGAGUGGGGCCUGCUGGCGACACCGCAGAACUCCAGGCACAGAUCAGUGGACGUGCCCCAGAGCUCAGUUUGGAGCAACGCGAGAAGAGAAAACUAGCCAAACGCAUCAUCAAGGUCAUUCAGCCUUCCCUCGAAGAUGCGAUUCGAAAGGAGAGCGAGUUGAACCGCAAACCAUUCGAGAAAGAAUUAAAAGAACUGGACGUGAUUCUUGACCACAGCGUGAUGUCUCGCAGCGGUGAUAGCGUUGAGCCAGAAGGCGACUCCGAGCUGCCUGGUGACCACGAUGCUAUGGAGGGCGUUGAACAGACUGGUCCUACGACAGAAGCUCCAUCCGAUGCCCAGCCUGUUCCAGACCAGGGACAACCCGAAGCUAGCGCAGAAGAUAUGCCACCCACGGAAGAAACCACAGCGAAUGCCACGACAUAUUACCGACACCCGACACCUAUUUUGACUGAGCAGGAUCAACAGCUUCCUUUGGCUAUGGGUGGUAUCCAGUGGUACAUGCAGCCAUUCGACCCGGUUGGAACGACUGUUCACGAGGAACGCUGGACCGGGCGUGAUGUUAUGCGUGGCAUGAGCGAAGAGCUAAGUGAUAUGGAUGAAGAGGAACUGGAAGGAUUGAAGGACUUGGUGGAUGAUGGAGAUCUGCCGAGCCAGGCCAAUGGUGUCAAUGUCAAUGGCACCAAGGGCCCGACUGCCUCACAGCAGAAUCAGCGUCAAUCUCGACGUCUGCGAACUCGUUGA